CAGAUGCAUCGAAAACUGAGGAACCGAAACCGGGUGAAGAACCUCCAACCAAGAAGAUGAGAAGUGAUGAUGCAAGUGAUUGGAUGGCGUCCGACACCAAGUUCUUAGAUGACCCGGAUGAGCUGGAGGUGUACGGGAAACAGGUUCAGAAGACAGGGACACAACUCACAUCUUACUCCUUUGAGAUUUGUGACAGUCUUCUCAACAUUGGUCCAUGUGGUAACAUGAUCAUGGGUGAACCUGCCUUCCUCUCUGAAGAGUUUCAGGGUAAUGUUGAUCCUGACCUUGAAUUGGUGACGACCUCAGGAUAUGGCAAGAAUGGAGCUCUCUCCGUCCUACAGAGGACGAUUCGACCUCAGGUGGUGACGACCUUCAACCUUCCUGGAUGUCUGGAUAUGUGGACCGUAAAAAGCCUCAAGGAAGCGAAAGCCGAUGAGAAAUCUGAGGAAUCAGAAGCCAGCCCGGAGGACAAGGACAGGCAUGCGUUCUUGAUCCUGAGCAAGCAAGACUCAUCCAUGGUGCUUCAGACGGGCCAGGAGAUCACGGAGGUUGCAGCAGGAGGGUUCAGCACCCAGGCUCCGACCAUCUUUGCCAGUAACAUGGGUGAUGAUCGCUACAUCGUCCAGGUCAUGAACAAGAGCAUCUGCCUUAUGGAGGGAGUUGAGCAAAUCCAGCACAUGGUGUUGGACGUAGGAUCCCCCAUCAAGCAGUGCUCUCUGGCCGACCCUUACCUCCUGCUGCUGACCGAGAACGGUGACCCCAUCCUGAUGACCCUCAAGCCUGAUCAACAGGGCAGCGGUCAUCGGCUUCACAUGACCAAGCCAACGCUCUCUCAGAAAUCCAAGAUUGUUGCCUUGUGUGCAUACAACGACACAAGUGGAAUGUUCUACACAGCCAGCCUCUCCGCUAAAGAGAAGAUAAACGCGAAUGCGACAGAAAAAUCAUCAUCAUCGAAGACUGAACCAAGCAGUCUGAACACCAGCAACGUUGAUGAUGAAGAUGAGCUGCUGUAUGGAUCAUCAGAACCUGUGGCCUUCAUCCCUGCAGCACCGGAGGUUGAAACAUCAAGCAAAAGUGAAGAAGAUAGUGAGAAGAGCUCACACCAAGAGACAACUUACUGGUGUGUCUUCUGCAGAGAGAAUGGACAACUAGAGAUGUACAGCCUACCAGACAUGGUGUUAGCUUUCUUGGUCAAGAACUUUCCCAUGGGCUCUAAGGUGUUGGUGGAUAGUGGUUCUGCCUUCAUGACAGGAGAUCAAAGCCAGCAGCAUGAGAUGCUUCAGCAAGUUCAAGAAGUCCUCCUGGUUGGUCUGGGACAUGACAGAAAGAAGAUCUACAUGCUGGCACUAGUAGAAGAUGACAUCAUGAUCUACGAGGCAUUCCCCUACAAUACUGUCACACAAGAACAUCAUCUUAGAGUUAGAUUUAGAAAGAUCCCUCAUAAGAUAUUGAUGAAACCCAAGAAAACGAGAACGUCUAAGAAACCAACAGCAGAGGGCGGUACCAAGCCGGAGACGGAGACAGAAGCUGAGAGCGAUACCAAAACCACAUCAAGGCGUGUCAACAGACUCCGAGAGUUCCACAACGUCCAGACAUACUCUGGGGUAUUCAUAAGCGGGUCCCACCCAUACUGGCUGUUUGUCACCUCUAGGGGUGCCCUGCGUACACACCCUAUGCCUGUAGAUGGCGCCAUAUCAUGCUUUGCUUCAUUCCACAACGUCAACUGUCCCAACGGGUUCUUGUACUUCAACAGAAAGGAAGAGCUUAGGAUAUGUGUGUUACCGUCCCAUCUGUCGUACGACGCCCCCUGGCCAGUCAGGAAGGUACCUCUGAGGUGUACCCCUCACUUUGUGGCGUACCAUGUAGAGACUAAGACAUAUGCAGUAGUCACAAGUGUACAAGAGACCAAGACACACGUAUGGAAAGUGACGGGAGAAGAGAUAGGGGAAGAACCUGUAGAGCGAGAUGACCGCUUUGUGCCGACCACCAAAGUCGUUUUCUCCAUACAGCUCUUCUCACCAGUUAGUUGGGAUGCCAUUCCUAACACAAGGAUUGAGUAUGAAGCUGCAGAGAAUGUGACGUGUCUAAAGGUCGUUAACCUCAGCUGUGAGGGUACCAUGACCGGAAAGAAAGGCUACGUUGUCGUGGCAACCACGCAUGUGUACUCCGAAGACCUCCAGACCAGAGGAUCGGUUUACAUCUAUGAUUGCAUUGAAGUUGUCCCUGAGCCUGGGCAACCCCUCACAAAGAACAAACUCAAGCCCUUGUAUGAGAAGAGACAGAAGGGACCGGUAUCCGCUCUUUGUGAGGUCAUGGGGUUCCUUCUCACUUGCAUUGGACAAAAGGUGUACAUGUGGCAGUUCAAAGACAAUGACCUGAUAGGCCUGGCUUUCAUCGACACCCAGAUCUACAUCCAUAAUGCUGUUAGCGUCAAGCAGUUUAUUCUGAUUACUGAUGUGAUGAAAGGAGCGUAUUUCCUACAGUAUCAGGCACAGGAUAGAACACUCUCACUUGUUAGCAGGGAUGCGAGACCUCUGGAGAUCUUUGGCUGUGAGUUCAUGGUUGAUGACAAACAGAUGGCCUUCCUUGUGUCUGAUGCCGACAAGAACUUGAUCGUGUUCCACUACCAUCCCGAGGCCCCAGAGAGCCACGGGGGCGCCUACCUCCUCCGAAGGGGGGACAUGAACAUCGGCUCAGCGGUCAACACCUUCGUCAGGGUCCGAUGCAGACUGACUGACCCCUCCACGGAGCAGGUCCUGUCGGGUCCUGUGCUCAGGAGGCAGGUUGUCUUCUUUGCCACUCUGGAUGGUAGUCUUGGCCUUCUCCUGCCCAUGGUUGAAAAGACGUACAGGAGAUUGCUUAUGUUGCAGAACGUCCUCACCAAUGGUCUCCCGCAUGUAGGGGGACUCAACCCCAAGUCUUACAGGCAUGUCAAAUCACACAUGCGUAACCUUAACAACCCUCAUCGCAACAUCCUUGAUGGGGACCUUCUCCUGAAGUACUGUCAUCUCAGCGUGGUGGAGAGAAAUGAGUUCGCCAAGAAGAUAGGAACCAGUGUGGAUCAGAUUAUAAGUGACUUGAUGCUGGCUGAGAACCUGACCAUGCACUUUUGAAGACUGAGCAUGAUGAACAUACCACCUUUUCAUGCAUAGCUGGAAACCCUUCAGGCUUAAAGAAUACCAUGAAUUGAAACACAUUUUUAACUUUACCAAAUGUUUUGGACAUUCAAGAAUGUACAUUACAGUGUGGCAGAUGUGAGAAGCCAUUGUUAUUUAAUAUUGUUGGGUACUUUUAAAGAAGAGUCAGGACGGGCAUUGUAGAACACAAUACCUACAUUCAAGAAUUAUUAGUUUGUAAGACAGAUGCUUCUAAAGAAAAGUUGGGUGGAUAUUCAUUAAUAUAACGUCUUUUCAUGUCCAAAGAUUUUUUUCUGAAAAACAAAAAGCAAAUGUUAUGCCUUGUGGGCGAUAUGUGCAACACAAUUCUAAAUAAAUUUAAAUAGAGCUUGUUUGGUGAGUCGAAAAUAGCAAGGUA